GGUAGGUGUAUAUGCGUCUACAUAUGAUUGCAAAUGCACUUUUCACCUACUGUAGGUCUUUAAAAAAUGACUGCUUAGAUAUUUCUUUCGUGCGGGAAUCUUUGAAUUCUUUGCAAUCUAUUUCAAGGGCAAUUCAAACCCAAUAAAAUCCCAAACCCUAAAAUCAACCUUUUUUCUUAUGAAGAUGCUUAAUUAUGUUUUUCACAUGAGUAGUCCUUAGCGAGAGCAAUUAAAAACAUGCCUUUGUGAUUGUUUUGCAAACAAGCUGAAGUAAUAAGCUAACCCAAUCCCAAAGUUAAAUCGGAUUGAAAUGUAGCUUGAAGCACAUGAAAUCGCUUCUGAGAUGCCAUCGAGUGAACGGCGAGAAGGCGCCUUAGCUGAGCGGCGAUUAUGGUGGACGUGGGGCCCCGGAAAUGAAACCUGUUUUAGAGGCGAAGCCACCUCAAACGUACAGUAGCUUCGUGAACAGGAGGUUCCACGGUGACAGAGGCAGGACUGCGGGUGACAGGAAAUGACAAAUAGGAAUGCUCUGUGCUGCGUCACGUGCCCAAAGUUUUACAAUGAUAGUGUUGAACGCACUGAUGAUGGGCUCAGACAGACGUGUGUGAAGUCGGGUGGUGACUGCUAAUGGCUCGUUGUUCUCUGCUGCUCAUGGUGCUCGCCCUGGCUUCACUGCGGAUGGACGGGGCGAGGGCAGUAGUGUACAAAGAAAUAAAUCCUGCUAAUAUUCGCCUGAGGAUAAGAGAAGAAUCGGACCUCAUCAACGUGACAUGGAAGAAUCCCAACAGGAACAUUAAUGACCAGUGUUAUGAAAGUAACCUGCAAUAUAAGAGUCAAUGUGAUCUAGACUGGCUGGAUUUUGUUCUGCUUUCGUUCAAUUUCACACUCCAGCCUUUUGCGAAAGGCAGCGGGAGAAAUUACACAUUCAGAGUCCGGAUGAAGUACGCGUGUCUCUUCCGUAAUUGGAGCGCAUGGACGGCCGAGUCGCACUGGGGGAAGGGAGACAUUUUGGGCAGCUGCUUUGAGGCUAGCACCAACCCGCAUAUAGUAAUCAUUGUUAUUCCUGUGAUAUUCUUCCUGGUUUUUCUUGUGACACAAAAACAAAUAAGGAGACUCCUCCUGCCAAAGGUCCCUGAUCCAAAGCACAUGUAUGAAGACCUCCUGAAAAUUGAUCAGUCUCAGCUGGAGAAAACAUUUAAAGACCGCUCCGUCGAAUGUGUGACCCUGAAGAUUGAGAUCGUCCAUCCAGAGAAGGAGGAGGAAGAGGGAGAGGAGGAAGGGGAGGAACAGAGCGAGCUGCCCGCUGAGGCUGGCCACACUGAACCGACCGCACUGACCCGGGACACAACGGCAGGGAAACCCACCUGCCCCUCAAACUCUCCCGCGCAGGCCCUGGGCCGCAACGGCUACGUCUACUGGUGAGCAGGUGAGAGGAGAGACACUGCAGUUCAGUUCAAUUCAGUUCAAUUCAAUUCAAUAAACUUUAUUUAUCCCCGAGAGGGCACAUGUCCUCAAUCACCAUCAAAAACAGAUGGGACGCAGAAUACACACAACAACCUGACGUCACGUACAACAGAAAUUCUAAUGAACAAGCAGAAAAGGAAAAUACAGGUCUGGCUUAGUUGCAGACCUUUUCCGGUUGCAAUUUAAAAACAGUGACACUCGACACUCUGAUACCUGCAAGGCAGGCCGUGGAACUCUGACUUCCACAGCAUUACAGGGCCAAAGUCAACCAUUAAAGUUUUUAUUUGUAAACAAAAUGAACAUUAUUCAUUAACUAGUGGAAAUGGUUCAGUUAUAAUCAGCAGGGCCACUAGCUUGUAAUGAAUUCUCAUCUUAUUUGUUAAUGUUAGCAGGGUGAAGCUAACGUUGAAGUGUUACCAUUAAUUUAGUAUUUUGGUUAAAAAGAGAAUUUUCAUAAUUCUGAUGGAUCUGUUUUUAAAUUCUUUUCUGAGCUCAUAACAUGUUCAUGAGAAGCAACUGCGGAUUUUCAUUCGUAUAAUGUGAGCAAGGCAUUCAUUUGGCUAAACAGUGACAGGUGUUUUUUUCACUCUCUUGUCACUCGACAUCUGUUUUAUUUUGAGUGUUGAUAUUCCCUGGCACAAUUGCGGCAUAAAGUGCAAUAUGAAUAUUGAACAUAAGAGGGCACUGUGGUUAUCCUGAUCUUUAUUUUGGCCUCAAACCCUAUAAAAUCCAGCUCUAAAUAUUCUCCAAUCAGCAUCAUAGAUUUUUUUUUCAAAGGAAGAUGUAGGUUAAUUUGAAGGCUGAUUUAAAAGAUUAAUGCGCAUAUGCAUUAUGGAAGUGAAAUUUUGGCCUGACAAAUCCUUCCUCUGGACUUCAGUGAUAAAUUGAAGGAUAUGACUGUUGAUUGUACACACUCUCAUGAUGGACGAAUGGAAACAAAAGAGAAAAUAUGAGAAUUUGCAAAAAACCAUGUGUGUGCAUGCACGUGCGUGUGUGUGUGUGUGUGUGUGUAUAUAUAUAUAUAUAUAUAUAUAUAUAUAUAUAUAUGCAGACAUCAAUGCUAAGUCUUGUUUAAAAUGCUUUUGAUGAAGCAGUGCUGUACUCCAGAUUGAUAAAGUGAACCUCUGCUUUAAACUAUGUCUUUCUAGCCAGAUACACGCAGAUGUGUCCAUGUCAUUAGCAAGUUGUUCAUUCAGACUAAUCAUUUCCGUCUGUUCAAAGGUGCUGUGAUUUAUUGCAGGGUCUCUGGGCAACAGAGAACGGUUAAGAAUUGUAUUGAAUUGUAAUUGUAUUAAGCACUGUGCUGCUUUGCAAUUGUGUGUGUGUGUGUGUGUACACUAGCUCUCUUUCUGCAGGAAUUUUGUCAAGCUAACCUAAAAACAUAAGGCUAUCCACAUUUUUAUACUUACAGUUAAUUAAACAAGUAUACGAAAACAUAGGUUACUAUCACAAAUAGAAUGUGCAACUUCUUGUUUUACUAAAUACAUAAAUAGUCCAAAAUAUGUGCAUGUUGCUUUAUGUGGUGGAUAAGUGCAGUUAUAUUUUUGGGACAGAAUUGUAGUUUUGGUUUUGCCAUCCUUGUUUGCUUACCUUGUCCAUUUUGGUCUUUGAACCUUUCAUGACUACUUUACUGCUGAAAAUAAAAACGCCGUCAGUUUUUUUCCCCUUUCUUAAUCAAUGUUUCAUCUUUUUUUUCUUCUUCCAAUUGCUCCAAGGAGUGACCCUCCUUUGAAGCACAAACCCACAGCCUGCAGCAGGAAGUGGUUCAGCUUGAUGUUAGCAUGUGCGCUAUCGAACACCUGAGCUUAAAUAAAGUGCAAACUGAGGGGAUUUUUUAUUUUUAUUUUUUUUAAACUAGGGAGAUUUUCAGUGGGUGGUAGGGAAACUACAUAAUGUAUACCAAUAUUCUUAUACUAAUAUACCAAUAUUCUUUGUAUUUGUUACUGCUGCUCUAACAAAUUCUUCAAAGGGCUGUUUUCAGUGAUUUAUCAUUGUUGUUCAGAGAAUAAAAGAGAUAUGGGCCCUAUCUGUGCCUCCGGAAAUGAUAUCUUGACUUUCUUCUCGGGCAUGGUGGCAUAGUGGUUAGCACUGUCGCUUCACAGCAAGAAGGUCGUGGGUUCGAACCUUGGCUUGGGGCCUUUCUGUGCAGAGUUUGCAUGUUCUCCCCGUGCUCGCGUGGGUUUACUCCGGGUACUCCGGUUUCCUCCCACACUCAAAGACAUGCAUGUUAGGUGCACUCCUGCAGGUGCCCUUGACCAAGGCACUUGCCUCAGAACUGGAGUUGGUCCCCGGGCGCUGCACUGUGGCUGCCCACUGCUCCUAAGUAAACUAGGAUGGGUCAAAUGCAGAGGACAAAUCACCCCACGGCGUUCAAAGUAUAUCUUAUCUUAUCUCACCUUCAUAAAAGCUAUAUUACUCUUUUGUAAACAUGACAUAGCAGCUUCACAAGCAUGGCAUAGACAUACAUAGCUUGUUGCCCCAAUAGGUGCCACUUUUAAAUCAAAGCUAAAAACAUAUGUCUGCCAUUGCUUUUCAAAAAUUUUGGGAAAUCUGCACAGUAAGCUUUAUUUUUGCACCCUUUUCUCUUUUCUACUAUUUUAUUUCAACUUUUUAUUUGUUUUUUUUCUUUUUAUUAUGGCAUUUUAUUCUGUUUUUAUGCUAUUUUAUCUUCCCUUAUUCUGUCUGAUGUAAAGCACUUUGAAUUACACUUCAUAUGAAAUGUGAUAUACAAAUAAACUUUCCUGGCUUAAAAAAUAAAUAAAUAAAAUAAAAUAAUUUAAAAAACUGAAAAAGGCAUAUGGUGUGUGUCACUUGGUAUGCCACUGUAAUGUGACUUGCUAGUUGUGGCUUCUGAAAUAAUUUAUGUAUUAUAAUGUAGUGCUUAUGAAGGAGCCAUGCCAUGCUUAAGAACGAGUUAUAAUAACCUUAUGUAGGAACAUUCCAAAAACAGUAUUAUCAACAUAUGUAUGUGCAAUGCCAUUGGUAAGUUAUAGUGUGGCGUAUGGGUAAAUGUGUGAUCCAUACAUACAUUUGAACCAUUAUGUCUACUCUGUCCACACUACUCGUGCUGAACCUGUUGCUCCAACUGUGUGAAAGCCCCAUCCCCUUAUUUCUAUUUCAAAGGGGAAAGAAGCCCCUUCUUUCCCACGUUCUUUCUCUCCCCCACUUCCUUUCUCAUUGAGAAAUACUGCACCUCAGUUAGCUCUCAUACCAGCAACAACAAACAG